GGUGGUUUAGGCAAGGCGUGUUUGUCUGCAACCGAAACCGCCAACGUCUUCUUCGGCUGACGAAAUGAUGCUCGGCGAACGCCACCGCCCUGCGGCGGUGGUCCACAUAACUCCGUUGAUGAUACCGGAGGAACCUGCGAACGAGACGCGGUUUCCUUUCCCUCUGAGCGGAAUCUCGGUGAGUCCCGAUGGCAAUGUCAAUGGAGGCGGCGACUAUUCUCCCUAUUAUCUGCAGGAAGCCCUAGCGGCGCUACAGCGUUAUCUGCCGCCGGCGAACGAGUCGGAGAUUGAAUCCGAUUCCGAGAUGUUGGCUCGGGAAUCGGAUGUUCCGGUGGAUGCUUACUCUUGCGAUCAUUUUCGUAUAUUCGAGUUCAAGGUGAGGAAGUGCACGCGUGGGAGGUCUCAUGAUUGGACGGAGUGUCCGUACGCUCAUCCCGGCGAGAAGGCUCGCCGGAGAGAUCCGAGGAAGUAUAAUUACUCUGGUACGGCGUGCCCUGACUUCAGAAAAGGAAGCUGUAAGAAGGGGGAUUCGUGCGAGUUUGCGCAUGGUGUGUUUGAGUGCUGGCUCCAUCCUGCUCGUUAUCGGACUCAGCCCUGUAAGGACGGGACCAACUGCAGAAGGAGGGUCUGUUUCUUCGCUCACACUCCUGAGCAACUUAGGGUUUUGCCUCAGCAGAGCCCGAGAAGCGCGAACUCGCCCGAUUCGUAUGAUGAAUCUCCUCUGCGGCAGUCUUUGGAUGGAUCCUGUGCUAAAUCGCUGCCGUUUUUGUCUUCUCCGGUGUCUGUUUCACCAUCGGCGACUCCAGUGGACUCGCCGCCGUUGUCGCCGAUGACUAGGUCGCUCGGCCGCUCUCUUGGCUCGAGCAACAUCAAUGAAAUGGUCGCAUCGCUCCGGAACUUGCAUCUGAGCAAGGUCAAGUCUCUGCCCUCCUCAUGGAAUGCCCAAGUUGGAUCUCCCAGUUACCAUUCUCGAAUCCGACCCGGAUUUUGUAGCCUUCCAACAACACCAACUCGGGCUCCGACUGGUCAUGGAAUUGGGCUUCUAGACUUCUUGGACCAUGGAUUUGAGGAGGAACCGGCGAUGGAGCGAGUCGAAUCAGGAAGGGAGCUUAGAGCGAAGAUGCUGGAGAAGCUGAGCAAGGAAAAUUCUCUGGACUUGGUUGAUUCAAGUCCUUCAGUCUGCGCACCGGAUGUUGAGUGGGUCUCAGAGCUCGUGAAGUGAGUCUGCAAAUUAGACUUUUGGUUGGUUCAAAUGGGUUUUCUCUAAUCAUCAUUCAAUUCUAAUUUUAAGGAAAAAAAAUUAGCUUAAGCCAUGCCUUUUGUUUCAUGUGUAAAUACACUAUGGGAGGCAGCUAAACCUGAAAGAGAUAGGAUUGAAUUUUUAGUUGUGUAAGCCUUAAAUAUCUGUACAUAUGGCUGUUAGAUUUUGAGUUGGGAAAAAAAUUUAGAAACUAGAUUUUGAUGGAGGRGAAGAGAAAUCCGUCUGACUUGAUGUAUAGGUAAUUUAGUGACUGUAGAUCCUCUGGAUCAUGGCUUCUAAUAGUUCUCUACUUUGAUCAUUGUGAUUAUAUUGUAAGUUAAUCUUGUUUCUAAUGCAAUCAUAUGGAUGAACUUAGAUUUAAA